AUGGCAAAGAAAAAAAAUGACGAUGUGACGGCGACGGCGACAGCGGUGGUUGUACCACCAAACGAGGUGCGGUAUAAAGGUGUGAGAAAGAGUCCAUGGGGGACAUAUGGAGCUGAGAUUACAAAUCCCAUCCAGAAGGUACGUGUCUGGCUUGGUACUUUCAAAACACCGGAAGAAGCUGCAAGGGCCUUUGAUACAGCGGCAAAGACAAAAGAAGAAGCUGCAACAGCUUAUGUUAAGGCGACGAGGAUGUAUCGCGGCCUUAAAGCCAAAAUCAAUUUCCCAGAAUUAAAUGAGGAGCUCAUUCUUGAACUCACCCUUGCUUUAUCAGGGAGAAAAUGA